AUGACAGCCAUUUGGCAUUGUGAGAAGUGCCGUUGCUUGGGAACCUUUGAGGCUGAUCGGAUUUACACAUUGUACGGGGUUCAGUAUAUGGGCCUCUUCGAUGGUGUACACCUCUUGCGCUUUCAGGCAGAUACAGUGGCAAUUCUCAGGCCACACCUCACCAGCGAGUCCUACAAUUCUGCCAAGGAUGUCUGUGCAGGUGUUGGGGGCAUGACUUACGGCCUUCAGCAGAUUGGGGGAUGCAGCUUGGCUGUUGUCGAUUGCAACCGGCUUGCUUGCAAAGUGCUGAGAGAGAACUUUCCAGUGGUGGUGGAAGGUGACAUCGCUGAUCGUGACACACGCAUUAGGCUGCACAUGAUCUCCCCUGAGAUCCGCAGCAUGCUUUGUGCCGGCCUUCCUGCUAGCGGCCUUGUUUUGGAGGGUCCUGUGGACUUAGCAAAGCAGCCAUCCCUGCAGCAACUGCUGGGUGACUUUGCGACGCGAGCCGGCUUGCAACUGCACCAAACCACGCUGGACCUUGCCGACCAAUGGGCCUCAUCGCGGAUCCGUUGGUGGGCGGUCUUGCUACCGACAGACCUGCCUGUGACACAGUUUGGCAGUUGGCCAGUUCACUCACCAUUGAUUGUGGUGCAAGACGUCGUACCGGAGUGGCCGGUGUGGCCUGCCGAUGAGGAAGAAGCUCUGCUCUGGGAUGUCCGGGAGACACAAGCAUAUGCAAACCCAGCCUUUGGAACCGAGGUUCGUACAUUGACAGCAUCGGGCCAAGCCCCGGCAGCAUUGCACAGUUGGGGCAAUGCCUUGCGACCCUGCCCGUGUGGCUGCCGCAGUCGCCCGUUCAGUGAGUCUUGUCUUCGAGCCCAGGGUUUAAAGGGAAUCGGGGUUCCAUCACAGGUUUGUCCAGGCAUGCGCUUCUUGCACCCUCAAGAGGUAGGGUUUCUUAACACUUUGCCUCCCACCUUCAAGCUCCCGGUGGAACCUCGCGCGGCUCUGUGCCUGAUCGGCCAGCUCACGGCCCCACUGCAGGCUGUUUGGGUGUGGGCCUCUGUGACCCAGGCCACUGCGCCUUGCUUCGGGCUUUUGCCAACCGACCCGGCCCUUGAGAUCCAUCGCUUCAAAAGCCUGCUUCUGCAACAACGCCAGGACUUUUGGCUGCUGCCAUCCAUGGUCUCUGGAGGCCAGCUGUCUCUUUGUGAUGCCAGUGGGAUGCGAACUGAGGCUGCCACGGGGCCUGUGACGGUGCAACAACUUGCCUGUGCUGAGGCCACCCUGCUGCCCCCAGGCUUUAAGGUCCAGAUGUCGCUUCAUGGUCGUGUGCUGCCUCGUUCUGCAAGGCUUGCCUUUGCCCCUGCUGGGCCGGUGUACCAACUGAAUGUUCUGAAGAAGGCCGCUGCUCUGGCCGGCGAUACGCCUCGAGCAACCACUUGCAUUGAGCCCCCUGCAGUUGCUGAUCAUAGCCCUUCGGCUUCAUUGACAGGCCCUUCGGAGCUGGUAGCUCUUCCUGCCCAGCCUAUGUUGCCCUGCCCUUUGGAUGCACUGCAUACUGCUGCCGCUUCUGACUUUACCAUUUGGUACGGCCUUGAGUUGUGGACCAGUUCUCCACUUGCCUCUGGCAACUUCCGAUUGGUGCCUCCCUGUGCUGCGGAAACACUCCUGCAACUUCUUGGGGAAGACUUUCUACUUGAUCCGCCCACGGAGCCCGUGCUUCCUCAGGGGCCACAGAUUCUGAUUCCUUUUGUGUCAUGUGGACACUGGGCACUGCUGGUCCUCCUUGCUGGGCCAGCUGGCGUGGAAGCCACCCUCUGGGAUAGUAUUCCGGGUCAUUGCUCCAGCACGGCCCGGCUACUGGCACAGACCUUCUGCCAUCUUGACCAGGCGGCUCUUUUGUCGUUCGCAGUGCAGCACCAUUGGCUGCAAGAGGAGAGUUGGACUUGUGGGGCAUACGUUCUAGCCCAUGCCGCUGCACUUGUCUUGGGCCGUCCAGAAUCCACGCUGCUGGCCUGGGCUGUGGAUUUCUUGAUCAAGUUCCCUCCGCACUUGUCGGGUCUGCGCGGCCAGGGCGGGCUUUCUGCCGAGCAGGACAAAGAAUUGCAGGCACUUCUUGUCAGUAAGGGUGUGCCGGUUGAGGAGGCAGCCAGUCGGGUGCAGGCUGCGAUUACAAAAGUCGGUGCAGGCCCCAUUGGCCAGGCGCUACAACAGCGCAACCCAUGGCAGGCAUUGAAGUCUUGUGCCUCAAAGCCCCAGAGCAUGUUUAAGUGGGUGCACACCGACGAGCUCCAGGCACACGUGGAGCAGCGAGCACAGACCAAAUUUGGGACCGAGAUCCCUAAAGCCAAGGCCAAGAAAAGUAAGGUGAGCAAACGCCCCACCCAAGCUCCCCUCCACAUCGAUCCGGCUCAGCUUCGCUUGUCCCCGGGAAGCUUUGCGGCAACAUCGGGGUCCCCGCUGGGCCAACUGUCUUUCGAGGAGGUCAAAGCCCAGGCUACAGGCAUUUGCUUCUGCUCGGUUGCACAGGCAUUGCCUUUUGUUGCACAUGCUCGGAACCUUUCCGUGGACCCCCUGGCUUUGGUGACCACUGCGGAAAUCCCUGAGGAACAUGCAGGCACCGCUCGACUGACACCAGUAAGGUACCCUGCUGUUUUCACUCCGACGCAGGAAGCUGUGCUUGUCACUGGGACAUUGGUCCAGCUGGGUGAUGAUAGUAUCCAGCUUGCCUCGACUGACAUCUCCGAGGUUGAGCACCUGGCAACGAUUGUGUGCAAAAUGUGCCUGUAUAAGGAUGAAACGGCCCUUCCUUGGGACAAGAUUGUGGAGGCUCCCAUCAGGCUUCUGUUGCAACAGCUUCCAGCGCUCCAGGUCUGUCGUGACCCCACUUGCAAUGGAGCCUGCACUGCUUUUCAUGCUGCUGUCGACGAGGUGGUCGAGCAACUCUUCUUGGACAUAUGGUCCCGCCAAUGGUGCAAGCUGAGCGGCUCCCGCACCAAGGCUAGCGAAGCCGACUACUUCCAGGCCUACAUUCGUGUGCCGGCCUCUGCGAUUCAGCACCUGUUUCGGUCAUCGGGGGCAGGGCUCUACUUUGAGCCUCGGGCCGCUGACGGCUCGGGCCCACAUGCGGCGUGGACUGUGGUUUGGCUCCCGGGGCAAACUUCUUCCCAAGCUCACCAUGCGCUCCGCACAACCGAGAAAGCCAUUGCUCUGGCCCGACUUGGCAAUCGGUAUGGACUCAGAACCAAGGAACCAGACGAACAAGCAGUGUUCGAGGCAAUGCGGCCCCAACAUCAAUUCAUGAAAAUCCGCGUGCAGGCACACUAUCGGCUGCAUCCUUUGCCCCACGGCCUUCAAAGGACUGCACUUGUGCAGCUACUCCGGCAAUGGAAUUGGACUUGCAAGCCUCUUCAGCCAGACCGCGGCGACUCGGCAGGUGCGGCAUGGCUCGUUGGAGCCGCCGAGGAUCCGCCAGCUCCAGCUUUGUCCUUGGGUGCCGACUUUGUCUUGGCUACUAAGGUUCGUGAGGUAGGAGCUGCCAACCGCCCACCAGUGCAGCCAGUCUAUGCCUCGGCUCGUACCAAGAAGGCCAUCCUCCUUCAUGAUGAUCCGGAUGUGCUCGCGGAUCCCUGGGCUGGUGGCCUGGACCCUUGGUCCACGGCCAAAACUUCUGUGUCGGCUCCUUCCCAGGCUGCCUCAUCUUCUUCAGCAGCAGUCACGAAGCUGACCCAAAUACAAGAUGAUCUUAAGCAGAGCCUUCAGGAGGUAGUCCGCAAGGAAGUUGCAGCUCAGCAGCCAUCGGGGCCGCCGCCGGGGUUGUCUGAACAUGAUCAUCGGCUGCACCAGCUAGAAGUUGGUCUUACGGAGCUGAAGCAUCAGAACACGAAGUUUGAAGGUCUCUUUCAAACCUUUGGGACCAAGGUUGCGGAUCAAGCCAAGCAGCUUGAAGGACUGGCUGGCACAGUCAAUGAACAACAUCGCGAGCUCACCAAGGUCAAAACCGAGCUCCAAGCUUCUGUGCAAAGCGCUGUGCUGGGUUUGCAGACUGAACUUUCUACACAGAUGUCAGCCCAAUUGGGCGGGCCGGCUCUCCAUUCCUGCCUGCGUUUUCUUGUGCUUUUCUUCAUGGCCUUUGGUACACUGGCCGAUGCCGCCGGUUGCCUUCUGCCAUCUUCCAGUGCACUGCCCUGUGAUCGGGUUCGCCAGGCGUGCUCUGAUAAUCUCUACUUUGGCCCGAUGGUCUCUCGCAUCGGCGAGGCGGCCCAUCCUGGACCUGUCGCCUCUACUGAGGUCUUCAACAUCAGUGUUUCAAACCCAUCUGGCUUGCGUGGCAAGGAGGCCCUCUACGAGCAACUUGCCGCUCACCCCGGCUCCGCCCGAUAUGCAGGCAUCCAUUGCUAUGCCGAAACUCAGCUGUCAGCUGUUACCAUGCCGGGAUCCUGUGCUCGCUUCCGCCAGAUUGCCAAAGCCUUGGGCCACCAGGCCCGCACAAUUGCUGGGGCACCGGCCCCGCUGCGAACAAACAGCUCCUGGGCCGGUGCAUGGACAGGGGUCCUUCAGGUUUCAAGCUUGCCGUGCCGGCCUUUCCAACUGCCUUGGAGCCCUGGUUUGUACGAAACUGGCCGAUUGGUUUUGGCCUGCCACUACCACCACGCGAUUCCUCUCCGCGUCGCCACUGUCUACGGCUAUGCACCAGGCAAUACCUGGCCGAAUGCCAAAGCCGAUACAGAUAGUAUGCUCAGCUUCCUUACUCGGGAGCUUGUUUUGGGAGCCCGUGGCUUUAGAGUCAUCUGUGGUGACUUCAACCAUGCUUUUGACAGCUUAGACCAAUGCGCAGUGUGGCGCCGACACGGCUGGAUCGAGCUCCAAUGUUUGGCCGAGCGCCUUUGGGGCACACCUCCCAAGCCGACUUGCAAAGCAGCUACUCGCCACGACUACAUUUGGCUUUCGCCUGAGGCUGCCGCCUGCCUUGUACAAGCAUCGGUUGUUGACGUUUUUCAGGAGCAUUCAACAUUAAUUGCUGGGUUCGAGCUCCCUCGCUCUACUGCCUUGGAGCGUACCUGGCCUUUGCCCUCGGAAAUCCAGUGGAAAAGUGUGGACGUCGGUGCCUGGCACCGAAUGGGGGACCAUACUCCCGUGGAUGCUCCGACCUCAACCCAAUGGUUCGCUGGCUUUUCGCAUGCUGUGGAGCGCAGCCUUCAAGGUUUCGCCCCCGAUAUGUACGGCGACCAUAUUCCUACGGCUUGUUUUGGCCGGGCCAAGCGCUUGAAACCUCAAUCUGUCCGCAAUGCCUGCCGAAUUCCCAAAUCUAGCAGGCCAGGCGAGGAACAGAGGCAGCAUGAUGGCCUCUGCCUCGAAGUUACCCGCUGGUUCCAGCAGCUCCGGCGUCUCCAGUCGCUCAAGCAUGCACUCCAUGCAGGCAGCUGCUCUGCCUCAGCCUUGGAAUAUCGAUCUUCUCUUUGGGGCUCCAUCUGCUCUGCUCGUGGCUUCCGUGGCGGAUUUUUACGGUGGUGGCCCAACCGGCCGUACCGCCUUGUGGGCAGCCCCAACCUCCUGCCCUCAGCGGUCCCAGACCUCCAAACAGCUGUUUGUGUCUUUGAGGACUUCCGCUGCAAUUUCCGACACCUUGAGAGUUGGCACCUUCAGAAUCGAAGCCGGAUCCUCCAAAGCAAGUACGAUGCUUCCAUGGCCCAGGUCUUUCAUGAAUUGCGCGACCCUGCCCCGGAACAGGUGGACACCUUGACGUUGUCCCGUGAAUAUGCCAUUUUGGCAUCCUCGCCUUCGGGUGACCAUUUGCACUUGGAAUCUUCCCUUGACCUCCGAGGAACCUCCACCUGGACUGUGGAUGGCGCCCCUGUGGAGAUCCUCUCCCAUGAUGAUGUUGUGUGCACCUUGUCCACUGCAAUCCCCGGUGUUCCGGAGCGCCUUGAGCAAACACAGGUGCUUUCUGCCGUUUCCGAUAUACACCACGAAUUCACAAGUUUGUGGGCCUCCCGGUGGCAAAAACAUGCCAACCAUACGGCCUCCCAUUGGCAGCGAUUCUUGGAUUUUGCUACUGCAUUUCUCCCCCGAUACUCCCUUUCCCUGCCGGAAAUCACAUGUGAAAUGUGGCUCUGUGCCGUCCGCCGCUUCAAGCCCAGAGCCGCUCGUGGCCCAGACGGUUGGGCCAAACAGGACUUGUUGCUGAUGCCUCCGGCUCGUGUUGAGCAGCUCCUUGCCUUUUUGGCAGAGCUGGAGGCGGACUCCCGUCCUUGGCCACAACAGAUGGUCACUGGCUUUGUCUGCCUUCUUUGCAAGGGCAACGGUCGUACUGAUGUGCACGGCUUUCGGCCGAUCUGCUUGUACUCGAUUGUCUAUCGGACUUGGGCGGGGUUGCGCUCCCGCCAAAUCCUGCGCCUCCUUCGCUCUCAGCUCCCUGACGACUUGCAUGGGUUUGUCCCAGGCCGUGAAGCUGCAUCGCUGUGGUAUGGCAUUCAAGCCGAGAUCGAGAUUUCUGUUCAAGGUGAUGCCCCGCUGCUGGGGGUUUCCACGGAUAUCAUAAAGUGCUUCAACAACCUGCCUCGGCUCCCAUUGCUGGCGGUGGCGGCUCGCGCCGGGGUGCCGUGGAGUGUUCUGAAUCCGUGGGCUUCUUUCCUCCAGCAGACUGAGCGCAGGAUCGUCAUCAGAGGUCAGGUCAGUGAGCCGAUACGGUCUACCUCCGGAUUUCCCGAAGGAUGCCCCUUAAGCCCACUUGCAAUGUUGCUGGCGGACUUUGCCUACCACACUUAUAUGCAGGUGUUCGCGCCGCAGGUUCGUGCAAUGAGCUAUGUUGACAAUCUGGUCAAUCUUGCUGUCACACCGGCCGGCCUUGCUUCUGGCUAUCAGGCUACUCAAUGCUUCAUGGAUCUGUUAGAGUUGGAGCUUGAUCAGCCAAAGACUUAUAGCUGGGCAACGACACCAUCAGAUCGUCGCGCUUUGCUGGCCCUCGGCCCCGCGGUCCUUGAGCAUACUCGCGAGCUGGGUGGUUACCUGGCAUUUGGACCCAAGACUCGCAAUGCUGCCUUAGUUGAUCGUUGUGAGGCCUUGGCUCCUGUUUGGGCCGCUCUCAAAAGAUCCCGCGCCCCGACCCACCUGAAGCUUCGGGCCCUUGCUGGCAAAUGUUGGCCACGUGCUCUACAUGGCAUCUCUGGGUGUCCCCUUGCUGCUGGACGCCUCACGCAUCUCCGUGCACAGGCUACUGGUGCUCUUCGCAUCCGCCCUGGAGGUGUCAGCUCUUUGCUUCGGCUUUCGAUUGCUCAACCUAUGUGUGCCGACCCUGGCUUCUACGAGCUUUGGACCAGCAUUUGCGACCUUCGUCGCAUGGCGGGGAAGCUUUCGGGUUUCCUUUGCCGGUGGAGACAAUUCAUGAUGUUUUUCGAUGGUCGUUCGCUUCCCGGACCCUUUACAAAACUGCUACAGGUCUUGUCCCGGAUUGGAUGGUCAGUCCAGCGGCCGCCCCUUGUGACGGACCACGAAGGGUUGGUGCUCGACUUACUUGCUGCACCACAAUUGCUGCUCCGUCACCGGCUCGAGCAUGGUUGGUUGCAAUUUGUGGCCUUUGCCCAUCGACACCGCGAUACUAUGCGGGACCUCUCGGGCAUUGAGCCUUCUCUUUUGCAUGCCGACAUCGACUCUUUGACGCCGGUCAACGCCGCUAGAUUAGCUUCCCUUCGGGCUGGUGCGUUCAUCUUCGGACACCAGCAGGCCAAGUUCGACGUCACCCAGACUGGUUUCUGUGAGCUGUGUUUGGUGCCGGAUGAUGCCGAGCACCGGGUAUGCAGUUGCCCCAGAUUUUCGGAUAUUCGACGCCCACAUGAAUGGGUAUGUGAGAUGUGGCCUCGAUUGCCCAUCAGCUUCACGCACCAUUUGUUGCCUCCUGCGAACCCGCAUCUGCCUCGAGUGCGGUCACAGUUACACAACUUGGUUGAUGAUUCUGGAGUCUUUUUCUGUGAGGGAUUCGGGAUUGGUUGGCAGCACCUCUUCACCGAUGGUUCCUGUUCGGACCCUGGUAGUCCGGAUCUUGCAUUGGCAGCUUGGGGCGUGGUACAUGCGGGCCUGGCUCGGCCUGUUGCUUGCGGCCAUGUUCCUGGUUUGUUGCAGACGGCACCCAGGGCCGAGAUUUGGGCGAUGAUCUCGGCCGUCCGUUGGGCUCUUGAGUAUCGGCUUCCCUGCAUUGUAUGGUCUGAUUGCCAGAACGUGGUCGAUAGAGUGGAUGAGCUUUUGGCGGGCUCCUCUUUAGACCAUUGCGCGGACGACGACCUCUGGUGCAUUUUGGCCGGGCUUCUGCAGCAACUGGACGGUAACCAAUUCCUAGUCCGACAUGUUCCUUCACACUUGGAUCAAACACUCACUGAAAGCCCCUUCGAGGAUUGGGUGGCAGUUAAUAACGACCAUGCCGACACUCUGGCUGUUUUUGUCAACAACAACAGGUCUGUGGAGUUCACGGCUACCUACAGUGCGGCGCUGGAAUUUCAUCAACAAACCUUGGCACAACAGCGAGCCCUCACCGCCAUCUACCUGGGCAUUGCGGAAGCUUGUGAUUCCCGGCUCUCGUCGGGCCAUGUGGAGGAUGACAUGCACGAGGCGACGGAGCCAUCGGAGCUACACUCGGUUCCCAGGCGCUGUGACUUGGAAGAGCUUGUUCCGAUCGGAUGGAAAGAUGUAGUGACACUGACACCAAGUGAUCUGCCAACUGAUUUUGUUAUCCAGGUCUGCCAGGCACUUUUUGUACAGGACGCCAAGGCUUGCCAUGCUUAUGCUAUUUCGUGGCUCGAAUUGGUUUUUCUUUUUCAUGUUUUAGGGGGUCUGGUUUAUCCUGUUGCUGGUCCUCAGGGAGGCUGGGUGUCAUCGACCACGGUAGCUUUCUUGCCUGCUCCACCAACGGUGGCCGGCAGACUUUCUUUCCUGCGUCGCGCUUUGCGACUAGCCCUGAAGCAGUUGCGGCUCCAGAGCCUGUUUUGUAGUGGCAUUGAUUUGAGUGAUUUUGGGAUCUCUUUCUCAUUGGACGGUUUGGUUAUUGGUGUUGAGGGGCAGGCUUUGCUUCGGGCGAGGGCGGCCCUAGGCCAGUUUGUACAGGGACGCAGAGUGACUUCGCACGCUGCGUUUGCCCGGCCUCUUUAG